AUGUCGGUUCGUUUUGCAGUGGCGAGUCCGCCGGGCGGCGCGGGCGCACCGCGAGACGACUCGCCGCGCCCGCCACCAACGCCCGCGCCUCGCAACGGCACCCCUCCCAAACAAGGCGCCCUAACAAUAGUCCGUCGCUCGUCCAGCCGGAGCAAAGGUGAAAGCUCCACGCCCACUGACGAACAGCUGGAUCAAGUUGACCUGGACACUGAACACUUGCCCGCCGUCGACACGCCCGAUGCCUGCGAUAAAGCCGCACUUAGAUUACGCUAUCUUCUACGACAAUUAAACAGAGGUGAAAUACCAGCUGAAACGCUACAAAAGAAUCUUCAGUAUGCCGCUAAAGUCCUCGAAGCCGUCUACAUAGAUGAAACCAAGUAUGUCCAAUUCUAUGUAUUAAUUUUGUUUGAUGUUGUUAUAUUAGUUUUGAAUAAAAGGAGUCGAUACCGUUGA